AUGGAAUGGACCCCUUAUGCUAUGGCUGCUCCUCAAGAGAUCACCAUCGAAUCUCUAAGCGGCCACUGGGUCCUGGUAAACACGCUAUCCUCCUUGGAAGAUAUAUUCCAAUCAUCUCACUAUCUACAGAACAAAGAUCUGUCCAGCGAAACAGACCCUAUUCUAAAACUGCAAAAAGUACCAUGGUUACUCCGCAAAGCAUUCGGCUUCGCAACAAUACACAUCCAAAUCACUCAAUACCCAACACCAUCCACAACAAGUCUAUCAACAAACAUCGAUUUCCUCCAAACAUCAACAGCAAGUCUAGCCCCAACUAAAGAAGAGCGCAUUUUGGAUUGGAAAAUAUUACACCACGAGGAUUACUUCUUCGGCCAGAUCCAAGGACAGAGUGAAUUCGUUCGCGGUGUUACUGAUGCAGAUGGAAGUAUAAGACCUGAGUUCAAAAUCCAGACGGAGAAUGCAACUUCGAAGAUUAAGUUAUUCCUACGAGGUGAGAUCGAGGCCGAUGGCAGUAAAUUUGCGGGUUUUAUAGUUGAGGAUUGCAGUAAUCCUGGUCUUGGACUUUGGGUGCAUACCUUUGAGAGGAAUGUUAAGGCUGAAUGGACGGCUGAGCAGAUUUGGGGGUUUGAGAUGUUUGGUGGUGAGCGAUACUUCUCUCGUCGAAUUGUGGUUAUGACGAAGGGGGAAUAUAUAUGUGGGAGGAUUGUGUUUGAUUUUGUGAACCUGUGA